AUGGAGGAGCCUGAUAUGCGACAACAGAAGCUGGACAACCAGAGAACCCUUCUGAUGAAAAAGCAGCAAAAGAAGAGGGCUGAUUCUCAAAUGAUGGUAGCCAAUCGGGAUGCCCGCCAAAAGAAUCGAAAGCACAAAGCUGCCCUCUCCGAUGAGACGCCUCUGUUGAUCAGCCAGUCCCUGAGCAACACUUCACUGAGUGAUCAAGUGGAACAUGCCCAUGAUAACCCACUGGACGAGAUCACACUGGGUGAAUACGACAUGACAGAGAGCGUGGCGUUCGAUGAGAUGCCUUCAGAGAAGCCUGCCACUCCCAAGAAGAUGAACUUGGAGAUUGACAACGAGCCUGAGGUGAAGUGUGAGGAAGAGAAUGAAGCUCACGCGGAAGGAAAAAAAACGAAGAAGAAAGAGGGCAAAAAAGAAAAAGCCAAACAGGUGGAACAGACAGAGGAAAAGGAGAAAGAAAAGGACAAAGACAAGGAGAAAAAGGAGAAAAAAACAAAGAAGAAAGACAAAGUGAAAGAUCCUGGAGAUGCAGAGAAGACAAACAAGACGACCAAACAAGAGCGCAAAAAGAAGCAUUUACAGGAGGCUUCAACCCCUGAUACAGAGCCAGCGAUGGAGGCGGCAAGCCCUAAGAAGAAUAAAGAAGAUGGGAGUGAGGAUGAAGGGGAGGAAGAUGAGCCCCAGAAGCCUGUUCCUCAGUCACCUAAGAGGAAAAAACAGCUGGACACAUCCAGGUGCCAAAUAAGUGACGAGAGCAAAGACGACGAACACCAGGAGAAGGAGAAAAAAGACAAAAAGUCGAACAAAGCAGAGAAAACGACGCCGAGUCUGGCUUCACUUAACUCCAACUACAGAGAGCGCUCGACUUCAGGGAGUGAAUCCAAUGAAAGAACAACUUCUCCAAUUUCAGUGGAGGAUCUGGAGAAGUUCGCUUUGCGUCCCGCUCCCAGAGACGUGACGAUCCAGUGCAGAGUCACCAGGGACAGGAGAGGCGUGGAGAAGGGCAUCUACCCAACGUACUACCUCCACAUGGAGAAAGAGGACGGCAAAAGGGUGUUUCUAAUGGCAGGCAGAAAAAGGAAGAAGUGCAAAACAUCCAACUAUCUCAUCUCCACUGACCCCACAAAUCUGUCCAGAGACACAAACGGCUACAUUGGAAAACUCAGGUCCAAUGUUCUGGGUACAAAGUUCACAGUCUACGAUGGAGGUGAAAACCCAGAGAAAAAACCUUUCAUCAAAGAGUGCGAAUCAGUGCGGCAGGAACUGGCAGCGAUUUGCUAUGAAACCAAUGUGCUGGGUUUCAAAGGUCCCAGGAAAAUGACAGUGAUCAUCCCUGGCAUGCUGGAGAACGAUGAAAGAGUGGACAUCCAUCCCAAAAAUGAACUUGACACUCUGCUGGCCCGCCAUGCAAACGGCAACACAGACAAACUGGUCACAAUGGUGAACAAAUUCCCGAGCUGGAACGAGCAGACUCAGUCGUACGUGCUGAACUUCCACGGACGUGUCACUCAGGCGUCUGUCAAGAACUUCCAGAUCAUCCACCCCGACAACGAGGAUUACAUCGUCAUGCAGUUCGGCCGAGUGGCGGAGGACGUCUUCUCCAUGGACUACAGUUUCCCCAUGUGUGCCCUGCAGGCCUUUGCCAUCACCCUCUCGUCCUUUGAUAGCAAACUGGCCUGUGAGUGACCCAUGCUGGUGUGCCUCAAGUGACAUUUACAGGUUGAAAAUGAAUUAUACCCAUAAUUUUCCACAGGGCCAUUUUUCAUGUUUUAUAUCCUGGUGGAUUGUAGCAACUUUGUAAACAAUAAAUAUGCGGAGGGGGGGGGACAAACAAACAAACAAAAAAACACCACAGACCUGAGCAGAGACUUGUUUUAUAGGUGCUGUAAUAUUUUACCACUGAUUUUAUACUGAGGUAGAAUCGAUCUAUGUUGAUUAAUUUAAGGGAUUUCUUUUCAAGGACUUGUGCAAUUAAAAUAUUGAGGAUAUCUGUGCAAACACUACACGUGAAAUAAUAAAUGAUGAUUAUAUGACA